AUGGAGGACGACCGCAACCACACCAUCGCUGGCCAUCGCGUGUGGGAACCGCUGCCCGAAGACCACAAUGAAAGACCGCUCCAAAACAUACUUUUCAUGGUAUCGAAGAAUAUUCUCUACAAAAGUGUUGUAGACGUGAGCGCCGGGUCUCUGGUGUGGACUCAACUCUCUUCGGAUCCAAUCCUCGCCAAUACUAUGGGAGGCUUUUUGUCCGAAAGUCAUCUCAUGUUUAAUAUCAUUGAUGCCACGGAUCAAGUGCUCAUUGGUUACGACCAAAAUGGCAAACAUUUAGAUAAGACUUCGGUUUUAAAGUACUUCGGAUGUCGUGACGACACUUCAAAUGCGGCCAAUAAUGGGGCGAAUCAUAGAUCCGAUGACUCGCAAGAUAUGGAUGUUUUGAGAUCUAAUGAAGAACUCGACAAAAACAAUAAUAAGACGGCUUUAAUCAUAAUUAUGGCAAUUAUUGUGACCGCAGUUAUUGUUAACAUAUUUUCGGCCGUCUUUUGGUUCGCUGUCUUCAGGAAUAAGUGGUCUUCGGAUCAAAGUCUUGACUCUUAA